GACAGACCGACGCGCUACGAAGAUGACAGUUUGCUCGCAAAUUAAAAUUGCUAAAUUAGAUUGCUAAUACUGCCGGGGAAGAAUGCAAUUUGAUACGAGAUAAAAAUGGAUCAACAAUUCUCAUUGUCUUGGAACAACUUUCAUGGAAACCUAACAAAAGGAUUCGCCGGCUUAUUAGGAAACGGUGAAUUUGUCGAUGUAACUAUUGCGGUAGACGGCCAUUUACUACAGGCUCACAAAGUAAUUUUAUCGAUAUGUUCGCCUUACUUCAAGAAGAUGUUCCAAGUAAAUCCGUGUCAACAUCCAAUUAUUGUCUUGAGAGAUGUUACACACAAAGCCAUGAGGGAUCUGUUACAAUUUAUGUACAAUGGAGAAGUCAGCGUAAAGCGAGAAGAUCUCACUAGCUUUUUAGGCACAGCAGAAGUUUUGCAAAUCAAAGGAUUGACCAAUAAAGAGACUGAUGAAGAAGACAAUGAGAGAGAACAAAAUUUAUCUAAACAUGAUAAUGAAUUACCAAGCUCCACUCCUGAGCCCGAACCAUGCCCUACAGAAUCUUUUGAAAACACUAGAAGUGAGGACACUUCCCAAAAUGAUGUGCAGGAUAUUUUUAAACAACAGCAAUUUAUAGAUAAACUUCAGAGGCUAAGCAGUUUAAAAAGGAAAUCUGAAGAGUUUCUUCAAAAAAAUUACUACACAGAUGUGCUUAAUGUAGAGAAGAGACCCAAAACUAAGGAAAAACAAAACAUUCAUCUACAUUCUAAUAACUAUGAUAAUAUAAGAAAUAUGUAUGAUGUACCAGUAGAUGCCACAACACCCUUCAGCACACAUAUAACCAGAACAAUAAAAGAUGUCAAUGACAAAUAUAAGGAAUCUGAAAGUGCACUAGAUCUAAAAACUGAAUGUGAUGACAGUGACAUCAUAGUCACUGACCCAGCUAUUUGCAAUGAUCCAAAGAAUUAUGAUGGAUCUCUGGAAGGACAAAAGGAUUUAUCAAUGGGACUAGAUUACCACUCUCCGCAAGAUAAUUGUCCCAGUCUGAACUCACUAUUCAUCGAUCUAAAAAACUUAGUAAAUGGUAAAGUGGCUAACAACACGUUGAGAACUAACCCACAUGAAGAUUACCCGAGCCACAGAUCAGAACAUCGACUGGUAACCAUACCACAAAAAGAAGAUGGCAAAAAGAAGUACCCCCAGAGAUCUUGCAGACUAUGCUGGAAAAUCGGAAAAAGGCGUGAUACCAGAUUUAUGUGUAGUGCCUGUGAACUACCAUUUUGUAAAUCACCAUGUUUUGAAAUACAUUUCAAUGAUAUACUUAAAGUAUCACAGUUUCAAGGAGACUAUUAUGCACCAUAGGCAUCAACACAUAUUUUUACUAUUAUAUUUUACAUUAUUAGACCUCUAAAGAGAUGUCUUAAUUAUGUAGUUUAAGAGAUAUUUGUAAUGGUUUUAGUGAUACUCUAAUUGAGAAAUAUAAUUGAAUCAUAGAUUCUAAACACUUCUGAUUUCUGGGACCAAGAAAUUCAGUAAAGAGAUCAUUCGGAAAAGUCUUUUGAUAAGAUCAAUGUUUAUUCUUAAUCAUGUUAGGUUUUAAAAUAUUUAAUUACAACAUAAUUGACAUAUACAAAAAUAGAAAACAAUGUUUUCUCCAGAAGUACCUAACUAUAAAGCACAAUGAAAUUUAUAUUAUUGACAAUUAACUGUGAUAGUGAGCUUUUUCAGCUCUCAAGUGCCAAUUACACUAAGAAUGAAAAAUUAAAAAGCAUUGUAAUGUGCAAGGAAAUUGUUACAAUCUUCCAAUAUGCAUUUAUUUGUAUGAAAAUUCAUACUGUGCCAUUGUUUCUGCCAUCUCAAAAAUACGUCAAAGACUUAAUUGCUCAUAUUCUAGUCUAAUGAUUAUUUAUUGAAAAUAAGAGCUCCCCAAUCGUUGGCCUUAUGUCAAGAAUAAUUUUGAUUAUAAGGUGAUUUGGUUUAAUCUUAGUAUAUUCUUAUCUAAAAUCUAUGAUCUCUAUGUUACGUUAUAUGAACAUUGACUCGUGUUUUGUGACUGAAAUAAGCUUCACAUUCCUAAUAUUUGAAGUGAUUGGUUUGGCAUUGUCAGGUGACCUGUAUGUAAACCUUCAUUAUCAGCCGAAGUCGGAGAGCAGGCUUGUGAUGUUAUGAUAUCUACAUUAUUAUUUUUAUCAAUGUGUGGUUUUGUAUUCUGUGUGGUUUGAAUAUAAGUAAAUGUAUUUUUAUAUCCAUUUUCUACAAAUAAAACUUAUAAAA